UGACAACUCCUCUAGCUCCCACUGCUACUCUCCCUCUCCUCUCCCACUCUUCUCGUCGCUUUCCCUUUUCGUCUCUCUGCCUUCCUUCUUCUUCCUCUUCUUCUUCCUUGUGAUCGAAACUUCCAACCCAAACCCCCCACCAAAUCGCAAAUCUCCCACCACACAUUGCUUUCUCGAAAUCUCUCCGAUCCCCCCCGGCGAAUCCCGAUCGCGCGUCGGCGGCGGCGGUGGUCGACUGGCGAAGUGGAGGGGUUUUGAGGAGGCGCGGCCGGGGGGCAUUGGUGGGAUUUUUUCGGCGCGCGUCGCGACGGAAUUAAAGGAGAUACGAAGUUUGUUGCAUUUAGAUGACAUAAGACAGAGAUGAAAGUCGGCGCUCUUUUGACCUCAGCUGGAAUCAACAUUAGCCUCUGUAUACUUUUUUUGUCACUGUAUUCCGUUCUGAGGAAGCAACCGCAAAAUGUUAAGGUCUAUUUUGGAAGAAGGAUUGCUGAGGAGAAUAGUAGGCUCAGGGAGGCUUUUAUUUUGGAGAGAUUUGUUCCAUCCGCUAGCUGGAUUUUGAGAAGUCUUCGAUGCACGGAGGAUGAACUCUUAGCUACUGCUGGGUUGGAUGCAGUUGUCUUCAAUAGGAUUCUUGUAUUUAGCAUACGCAUAUUCUCCUUAGCCGCUUUCCUUUGUGUACUUGGAGUUCUUCCACUGAAUUAUUUUGGACAAGAUAUGCUCCAUGUACGGAUUCCUUCAGCAUCAUUGGAGACAUUUACAAUUGGAAAUAUGCAAGAGAGAUCAAGAUGGCUCUGGGUCCAUUGUGUUGCACUGUACAUCAUAUCUGGUGUGGCUUGCCUUCUUCUAUACCUUGAGUACAAGCAUAUUGCUAGGCUGAGGUUACUUCAUGUUUCUCGAGCAUCGACCAAUCCUAGCCAUUUUACUGUGCUUGUUCGUGGAGUACCAAAAUCAACUAAAGAAUCAAUUAGUUGCACUGUUGAGAGUUUCUUCACCAAGUAUCAUGUGUCGAGUUACCUUUCUCAUCAGAUUAUUUAUAAAGUCGGGAAACUUCAGAAGAUUGUGACUGGUGCAAAGAAGGCUUAUAAGAAAUUUAAACAUUUCAAGGGCACCACAGUUGAUCAGAGAUGCGGACCAAUUACAUAUAGAUGUGGUCUUUGUGGAGCUUCAUCAAAGUCGUUCGAGUUGCUGCCUGUUGAACCUGAGCAAGAGAUGAAAAAACAUGAUGUGAAAGAUUCAGAGUUGAGCUUACCUGAUAAGGAUUGUGGUGCUGCUUUUGUAUUUUUCAAAACUCGGUAUGCAGCCCUGGUCGUAUCAGAAAUUGUUCAGACAUCCAAUCCUAUGGAAUGGGUUACUAGUCUUGCUCCAGAUCGAGAUGACGUAUAUUGGUCAAAUCUUUGGUUACCCUACAAGCAGCUUUGGAUUCGCCGUAUAGUUACACUUUCGGGUUCUAUUGUUUUUAUGUUCCUGUUUCUCAUACCUGUGACAUUUAUACAAGGUCUAACUCAGUUGGAGCAGCUGCAGCAAAGGCUCCCUUUCCUAAAUGGCAUAUUAAAAAAGAAGUACAUAACCCAGCUAGUGACCGGAUACCUUCCCAGUGUCAUCUUGCAAAUAUUUUUAUACACUGUUCCCCCAACCAUGAUGUUUUUUUCUACAUUAGAAGGACCCGUGUCCCACAGUGAAAGGAAGAGAAGUGCCUGCUGUAAAGUAUUAUACUUCACUAUUUGGAAUGUAUUCUUUGUGAAUGUCCUAUCAGGUUCUGCAAUUAGCCAAGUGAAUGCGUUAUCAAGCCCAAAGGACAUUCCUAUGGUGCUUGCUAGAGCGGUACCUGUACAGGCUACAUUCUUUACCACCUAUGUACUGACUUCUGGUUGGGCUAGUUUAUCAUCAGAACUUAUGCAACUCUUUGGUCUCACAUGGAACUUUAUAAUGAAGUAUGUUUUGAGAAUGAAAGAGGAUAGCUACUUUGUCCCGUCAUUUCCCUAUCAUACUGAAGUGCCAAAAGUUCUGUUGUUUGGACUACUGGGAUUCACAUGCUCUGUAUUAGCACCUCUCAUCUUGCCCUUUUUACUGGUGUACUUUUUUCUUGGUUAUGUUGUGUACCGCAACCAGUUCCUCAAUGUUUAUUGCACGAAAUACGACACAGGUGGUCUGUAUUGGCCGAUUGCUCACUAUACAACAAUCUUCUCUAUUGUGCUCACCCAGAUCAUCUGUCUUGGUGUCUUUGGGCUUAAAGAAUCCCCAGUAGCUGCAGGCUUCACUGUACCUCUCAUCAUCCUCACUCUUUUAUUCAACCAGUAUUGCAGCAAUCGUCUUCGGCCAUUAUUCAAGACUCUCCCUGCACAGGAUUUAAUUGACAUGGACAGGGAGGACGAGCAAUCGGGAAGAAUGGAUGACAUUCACCACCGUCUUCAUUCUGCUUACUGCCAGUUUGCUGACACUGACGACAUACCUCUGAAAGGAGUUCACGUUGACAGAGAUGCAGAUGCAAGCGGAAGUUCCGGUGAAUCUAGCUGCAAAGAAGACACCAACCAACCCACAACCAGUGACAUUUCUCACCCUACACUGGAAGGACUCCCUGUAAACCGGCUACGGCAUGCAGUGAGGUCGCUCAGUUCCAUCAUCAGGUUACAGAAGAGAGGCCUGUCACCACAGCCCGCUGGACCCUCCGCCGAUGUAAAUCCGCAAACUGCAUAAGUUUUGCAGAUAGGACAUACAUACAGUGACCAAAGAAGCAUACAAAUGAAUAUACAAAAAAAAAAGGCAUAGAGAUGCAUAUAAAAGAAAAGAAGCAUAGAAAUGAAAGAGAGCGCCAUCUGUCCUAGUUGCUAGGGUAAAAUUUUGUUUGUUUUAAGUUUUAACUAGUGCCUGAGCAACUUGUGUCAGAUCCUUUUGGCCAUACAAAAGUUCUGAUUCUUCAAUUGAUUGGUGAUACUUUUGGUCAUA